AUGGAUAGCGGAGACGUAGUCUACGUCGUUUGCCAUGGCUCUGCUGGGGAUGUACCGGCGACGGGCUGGAUUGUUGAGCUGGCUGCGAGUGAAGCUUUCUUGGCUACCCCGGUGUCUUCGGUCACUGGAGUGCCUAAUCAAGCGAAGGGCCUCCGCCCUGGGGCCCCGGCUUCGUCGCGGGCUCGUGUGACCAAGGAGGCCAAGCCGAAGAAGGACAUCAAGGAAACUCCGGAUUUGAGGACCUUGUUAGCCCAAAGCCUUGCCAGUGGUCAAAACAGCAGCGAGCUGAUGCCCCUCAUGAUGAUGACCAUGUUGCUCGAGAGGGACAAGAAGGGGAGCCGGCGACGGCGAGAUCGGGCAAGCGGCAGCUCCGAUCUCCUUGGUGGUGGCUCCUCCGACGAUUCGGAGGCCGAGGACGACCUCCGAGGAAAGGGGAUGCGGGCGGUGUCCACGUUGCACCGCUUGCAAGCUCAGGUGCAGAAGCGGCCCCGCAAGGUAUGCGAGAUCUUCGAGAAGGAGGUGAUCGAGGAGUUGGGGGUGGCAGCUGGCCAAAGCUGGACUCUCAGAGACUUCGUGAAACGCCAGUCGUGGGGCAAAUUCAAGGGUAUCUACCGGUGUGCCAUGAUGGAUGUAGCCGCCUACGAGUUGAUCAGACAAGGCAAACCCGACCAAGCAGCCGCCCAAUUGGUGCAGAACUUGAAAGCGAAGAUCCAGAGUGUCCUCGCCCAAGGAGAUUGGCAAGCCGCUUGGUUAUUAACGGGGUUACCCGACCCAAUGGUCAAGAAGGAGUUUGCGGGCACGAAGGAGGAGAUGUCCGUGCUGGCCGACUACAUGUCCUCCCUGGCGAAGCUCAAGAAGCGUGUCAAGGAGGCCCAAAGUCACAGCCAGCACGAGGACGAGGAGGAGGUGGCCUUUACGGAGGUUGUUAGCGAUAGGGGUCAAGCCCAUGAAUGGUGGGGCCGAGCCUUCGUAAACACGUUUGUGGCUUGGUCAAACUUUGUGGUGCUUGGCUGCCCGCGCCCGGGGAGCUCUACACUGGAGCCGCGAGUGGUGUACCGAGCGGAUGUUCAGGACUUCGCUCUUAAGCUGCUCGGCGAGGUGAGCCAAUUCGCUUCUUUCGAGCUGGUUGCAGGUCUUCUUGAAUGUCAGGGCAAAAGGUCGGUUCUUGAGGACAUGUUGAAGCUCAAUUGUGCAAGCUAUGGUGGGGCUGAGGCGGGGAUUCCUUCGGGGGCCCUUCCUGUGUGUGCCUCUAGGGUGGCGAUUCCUGAUGCGGCGGGUCGUGUUGACCCUCUGGAGUGGUUACCUUCAGAUCAGGCGGCGGUGGUAGGUGAUUUGGAGGCGGUGCGCCUCCCUGAGCAUCUUUGGGAAGACGUUGUAGUUGCUUGUCACCGUGUCCCAGAGGAUGAAGAAAAUGACUUGGCCGAGAAGCUCCUCUCGACUGGCAUGGCCGAGCUCGUCAAGGAGACGGACCUGCCCCAUACUUCCGAGGGCAAGCUUCUUGUGGGCGGCCUUUUCUGUGUUGGGAAAAAUGACUCGGAGGACCGACUCAUCUUCGACCGGCGGCCAGAGAGCAGCACUAUGCCGAGGUUGGCGUGGGAGGAGUUGCCGAGUGGAGCCUGUUUUACAAGAAUGCUCUUGGGUCCCGACCAAUACCUGCGCGGCUCAGACGAUGAUCUCCGGAAUUUCUAUUACAUGUUACGACUCCCUCCAGGCUGGGUGCGCUUCAAUUCAGUGGGGCGCCGGGUGUCUUCAGAUGUUGUCAAGAAGCACGGGGGCACUCCUGGAUUCGGGCUCCUUAGGCCGGAGAACAAGCUCACCUAUGGCAAGUUUGUCCCCGAGGCUGACUUGUGGGAAGGCGUGUAUCUUGAUGACCUUUUGGUAACGCUACGUGUGACCUUAGACUCGGUGAUCCCCCUGGAUGGCUCCUUUCAGCCGCCUCCUUUGCAGGCCGACGAUCCGGACAUGGUGCACACGGCUGUGGCUGAGGACGCUUACGAAAAGGCGGGGUUGCAGCGAGUCACUCACAAAGCUUUUCGGGGAGUUACCAGAUUCAAAGCUUGGGGUGCCGAAGUGGAUGGGAUUCGGGGCACCGUGGGCGCUCCAGUGGAAAUGCGGCAACAAGUGUGGUCCCUCAUUGCUAAGACCGCAGGCAAGAAGGUCUGGCUCCCGGCUUUUGUGUUGGACGAGCUGCGCUCAGUGGCCUUGCAUCUCCCGAUAGCCCAGUGGUGUAUGCGAAAGAGAUUGCACUCUUCACUUUUAGCGACUGAUGCCACGCCCACUUCAGGAGGUGCAGUUCGGGCGACGGUCAGCGCCUCAUUGCUCCGUGAACUUUGGAGGCGUUCAGAACUUCGUGGCUCUCCUGUCAGGCUGGAUCGCGAUAACUUGAAUCUCGCGGGUGAGGCUCCAAUUGAGAACUCUUGCUUUGCGGCGGCCAUCUCAGAAAGCCUCCCGUGGGAGGUUGUCGGGAGCUUCUCUUUCCGGAGAACUUCUCACAUCAACUUGCAGGAGGCUCGUGCCCUACGCCGUGAAAUUGUGAAGCUCACAGCUGACUUCAACAACUCGGGCACCAUUCAGGUGGCCCUCAAUGAUUCGUUGGUAGUGGUGGGCUCAGUGAGCAAGGGGCGCUCCUCUUCUUUCAAGUUAAACGGAGUUCUCAGGGGUCAACUUCCAUUUCUGAUCUUUGCCGACGUGACUCUCGCACUGCUGUGGAUCGAGACCUGUGCGAACCUCGCCGACCACCCGUCGCGCUUCAACCCUCUCCCGAGCCCGAGUUUGCCUGAGGAGUGGAUGCAGAAGUUCGGGGUGGCGCUGGAUGCGUCGCUCCCCCCGGGCCUGGAGAUUGGCUCAGGCUUUGGACUGGUGACCAGUGUUUACCGGGCUAAGGGCUGGCCUAUGUGCUCUGAGGUCAACGCUUACCGUGAUGAGGAGGAGGUCCGGUGGCUUUGGUUGGCGCCGCCUCUCCAGACCUUCUCUACUCUGCACAAGCCCUGUGGUACAGGUGAGUGGCGACCUCGUGGUCUACCCGAGGGCGACUCAAGCGUGUGGAGGAUCGCUCGUGACAACCUUUUGUGGAACCGUGUCCUCGACUUGGCCCGGCAGGUGAUGGAACAAGGUGGCCAUUUCAUCCUGAUCCAUCCGCAGCUCAGCAAGGCCUGGCAGAUGAGGACCACCGAGCUUUUCAUGCAGUCUGAGCGGGUGUUUGUGUAUAAGGCAGACAUGUGUGCUUAUGAGGGUGGGUCCGUUCCACCCGCACGUCGCCCCACAACCCUGCUCUCGAACUUUCCUUGGCUCCAUCGCAGUGUUCGUCGUUGCCCCGGCCCCGGAACUCACAAGCAUGGCGUGUCUGGCGGGGUGGCACGGAAUCAGAUAGCUGGGGAUUUUCCCGCCGGCUUCGUCGAGGAGGUCGUCGGGCAUCAUGCCGCGUGGCCGCGGUACAGGCGAAAUCUCAGGGACGCUGGCCAAUGGUUGUUGGGUGUAGUCUCUGAUGUGGGUGGCUCCUUAUCCCCCUCUUCCUCGCCUCAAACGGUGGACAGGUGGCUUGAAAAGGCCGUGGCAGUGAGCUAUGAGCGUGGAGAGCGUCGUUAUUGGGUUGUUUUGGGCGUCCUCAGCAUUCAGAGGGCCUUCAGCAUUGCGGGCCCGCUCCUGAAGAACACAUGGAUUCAAUUGCGGGGCUGGCGGCGAAUGGAACCGAUUAAAACCCGGGUGCCGAUCGCUUACCAUGUACUUUCAGCGGUAUUGUUGCUUUGUUUAGCUCGGGGCUUCAGUUAUCAUGGGAGGUUGCGGGCAGAGUGGUGGUCAGUGAUGAUUGGCUGCUGGUUGGCUUUUGAAGGCCUCCUUAGACCUGGGGAGGUGGACGAAUUGAAAAUCUCAGACCUUUGUUUUCCCGAGGCUGGUGAACUUGGUCAGGGCAUCAGCCUGGUCGUAGGGAUCCGAAGCCCGAAGACAAAGCGAGUUUGGGCACGACAGUUCGCCCUAGUGCAAGAGCGGUCGCUGAUUAUGUGGCUCCGUUGGUGGGUCACGGAUCGGCCGCGCCGCCAGCGAGUCCUACUUAUCAACCUUCGUCGCUGGGCUAUUCUGUUCAAGGAGGCCUUAGGUGAGCUUCGUAUGGGUGAGUGCGGUUACACACUGGGGUCACUGCGAGGGGGUGGUGCUACGCACCAGUUCCGGCGGCACCGCAACUUAGGGCAGCUGCAGUUCGCAGGCCGAUGGAGCCGCCCUGAGACUUUACAACACUAUUUGCAGGAGGCCUUGUCGGUGCAAGUCGUAGCUCAAGCAUCUGAUGCGGCCAAACAGCUUUUGCUUCGCAUACAUGAACAUGCUCACCGGAUGGCAUGGACCCUGGAUGGGCGGCGUGCAGACUACUCCAGCUGUGGACCGAGUGACGCUGCAUGGAAGCGUGCCCUCUCGUCAAGUGGCGGAGCGGGUGCGGGGCGCGGCAUGGCCAGAUCGCCUGAUGCCCCAGCUCCCGCUGAAGAUAUGAAUGCGGCAGCGGUCCCGGCGGAUCAGUUGCUACAGGCGGUGCAGCGGGCAGCUACAGACUUGGGUGACGCUCCAGUGGAUGCUGGGUUUACAGCAGGCAGCCCCCUCGCGCCUUCGGCAGCCAAUCUUGUGUGGACCUUCAACGUGGGGCAACUGCGGCGCCAUAUGCCGCAGCUGCGAUGGAGGACAAUCGCGGCCGCCUUGGUCGUGCUACUUUUCCCACGGUUGUGCGCCUUGCUCCUUGCUCUCGCAGUUCGUCUUCUUCUUCGAGCAGUGGCCAGUCUGGUUUCCAGUCUGUUUCAAGAAGUUUGGCUGCAAGUGGUGGGAGCAGCAGCGGAAGUUGAGCAGCAACUGGUGGAGUGGUUGCAAGUGCAGAUGGGAUUUCUUCCGGCACUGGUUCCAUCGCCCCCGCCACUACUUCAAGCAGUGGGGCAACCACCGCCUGUGCAGUCACAGGCAUCACCAGGCAGUGGCAAUGGUAAUCCCCACCCAGCCCGCCCUUUGAUUGCUGACGCUGCCACCUGGCUGCUUCUUCUGCUCAACUUGAGGCGCCCGCUCGGAGGGGGGGGCGGGAGACCUGAAGGUUAA